AUCAUCACUCCAAAUUUUCAACUUGCCGCAACAAUGAGGAAAAUCUCUCAGCAAUUCGUUCUGGGUCUCACUUUUAUAUAUGGCUGCUUACAAUUGUCCUUGGUCAAGGGUGAUGAUGAAAGAAUAGCUGCCAUCGUCAACAAAGCUGUAGAUGAAUGCACUAAGGAAACAGGCAUCAACAAGGAACAGACCAAUCUUAUAAUGGCCGAUGCAUUUGAACUUUUGGGUGAAGAUCAUUUUUCUCAUGAAAUGAAAUGCUUUUUGCUUUGUUUCCAUAGGAGUGUUGGCGUCAUAGAUGCCGAUGGUGGUCCAAUAGAAAAACCCUUUAUGAACUUCAUGGAAAUACGCUUUUCGCAGAAAAAGGACAAGAUAAUGCCGGCUUUGGUAAAAUGCAGAAAAGUAGUCGAAGCUGAUCCCUGCGAACAUGUUUUCAAAUUCGAAAUGUGUAUGGCUCAUACCAUUGAGGGAGAUAAAUGGGAUGUUUAGAUAUGUCCAUAACAAGAAUUAAUUGAAAUCAGUGUUGUAUGGGAAUAAAUUUAACCAGAAUUAAAAGAUUUUAAAAGGAUUCCAAAAUGAAAGCAUUGAACAUCAAAUUGUAAGUGGAAGUGAAUUGAAAACAAAAUAAAUGUUGGUAAAUUCAAAAAGUA